GCGACGCUUCUUCCACCCAGAGUCUUCCUUCUCCCCCCGGCUCCGCCGCCGCUUUCGCUCUUCUUCUCUUCCUCCAUCCCUCAGCCGCCGCCGCCUCCUCCCCUCGCCACCAACCGGAAGAUGCUGGCCACGGAUCAAUCGCGGUCGCGCCGCCGCCGGCGUCCUGCCGAGGACGCUCCCCUCCCAUCAGACACCGUUAAUCCGGAGUACAAUCUCGACGAGCCGACCAUGGAGGAAAAGCUCGCGGCUCUGAAUCUGCCCGCCGAGACGGCAGGCGGCGCUGCGGAGGAGAAGUCUGUCUCCGCGGCGAUGGCGGUGCCCCCCAGCGCGGAUUCAGUCCACGUCUUGCUCAAGCAAGCUCUGACGGCUGAUGACCGCGCCUCGCUGCUGAGUUGCCUCAACAACAGAGAUGACAAGGUCAUCAGGAAGUCAAUAUCGCUUCUUUCUCCAGCAGAUGCCAUGAAGCUUCUCAAGUCCUUGAUAUUGCUAAUGCAAUCUAGGGGUUCAGUAAUGGUUUGUCUGCUCCCAUGGCUACAAGCUUUGCUUAGUCGACACAUGAGCAGCAUAGUAUCCCAGGAAUCUUCUCUGCUGCUGCUAAACUCACUCUAUCAUCUGAUCGAUGCAAGGACGUCGACCUUCGCAUCAGCCCUUGAAGUUUCCACGUGUCUAGAUUACCAUUUCAGCGAGAUCUGCGAUGACGAACCUGGCGAAGAAGAGGAAACCGCGCCGAUUGUGUACGAGGACAAGGACACUGAUGAGGAAGAGUCUGAAGUCGACGACGCCAUGGAAACCGAUGACAAGGAGACUGACGAGGAAGAAUCUGAAGUCGAUGACAUGUGAACCGAAGAAGAUCACUUUUGGUGCCUUAAGUUCUAGUAGCUGCUGUACUGUCAUGAUGAUGAACAAUUGAAACUGACAACGAGAGUGGAAAUUUUGUGGUUUCCUGAUUGUAUAUCAGUAUCUUUCAAGACUCACAUUCUUGUCCCUCCAUUGUAAUCAUAUUUGCUACGUGUUGUCGGAUUCAUCCUUCAUAUGGUGGGUGCCAUCAAGCCAUUUUAGGUUA